AAUAAUGUGAGCCAGGCGAUGCUCAUCCUAGUGACUCUCGUGCCAUUUCUAGCCAUUUUGAUUGUCACGUCACUUUCUUGUUGCUGUAUUCGAACUGUGAGACAUCGGAGAGCGAGAACACGGACGGAGAAAGAGCUCGAAGAGACGCGAAAGGCGUUCACGAUUCGCACGCCUGAGAUCGAAAUGAUUAGUCGCCUUGACGAGGACUGCCCGGGCGGAUACGGGCAAGUACACAAGGCGACCUACCGAGACUGGACGGUCGCCGUCAAACAGUUGCAGCUCGUCAUGGUGGAGUGGGACGACGUCCGUAGAGAGUUCCUCAGAGAGAUACAAUUCAUGAGGACGGUUCGACAUCCUAACAUCGUCAUGUUUAUAGGCGCCGGGCAAUACAACAAGGAUCAACCGUUUCUCGUGUUGGAGUACAUGGGAGGAGGAGCCCUGUGUUCGCUGCUCCACAAGAAAGAAGUAGAAUUAUGUGCGAAACAGAAGUUGCGCUUUGUUCUCGAAGCAGCAAAGGGUAUGGACUACUUACAUACGCUGAAACCGCCAAGAAUACAUCGUGAUUUAAAGAGCGCCAACUUGUUGCUCAGCCUCAACUGGCAGGUGAAGGUCGCAGAUUUUGGAUCGGCUCGUCUCAUACCGCAGCCGGACCAAGCGAGAGCGACAAAAGACAAACGAUUUCAAAAGCAGUCGAACACGGACGAAGAGAAAGACUCGAAGCAGCUGCUAGACGAAUGCUCGUAUCUAACGAGCAAACACAUUGGGACAGCCCGAUGGCGUUCCCCGGAGGUGUGGAAAAACAUGUCAUACGGGACACCGACUGAUGUCUACAGCUUUGCCAUUGUCGUUUGGGAGAUUUUGACGAGAGAGAUUCCGUUUUCAGGGUCAAAAUACAAGUUCGACGCUCAAGUGGAAUGCGACGUGUUGGCGGGAAUCAGACCACCGACACCAAACGACGCGUGCAAAAUCUUUCGCAAGCUGAUGGAGGAAUGUUGGCAACACAAGCCAGAAGCGAGACCUCAAUUCACGAGCAUCGUAUCUCGACUAGAAUCUAUGCACUGCAAAGAUCAGUAAUCAAGACUUGUUAGAAUGGUGGCAAGAUGGAAGAUAGAGGUGCACGGACCAAUACGCUAACACAUCUUUUCUAGAUAUUUUUGCAAUGACCUUUGUGUAUACUAGUUAGUAAAGAGCAAAUGCGAUUUCUAGGACAUGAGAGUUAAUUGUGAAUUAUUAUAAUGACAGGGUUGGGCGAAGCAGGUCAGGCUUGUUAUGCAGGCUAUAGCCUGAUCACUUUCAAUAAGUGAACGUUUGCCAGUAGAUUAGCUAUCGGAGCCUUCUUCCGGUCUAGGGUACACUAUAUAUACACUGUUAAAACAAAGGUGUUCUUCAAACACCAA